UUUCUGUCUUCCACCCCCACUUUCAACCCUCUGCUGGUCCGUAGGGACGUCCAUCUCAACAACCCACCCCUUUCGUGUCCGAUCAUCGGCUAUCGCAUCAAGUGAAAUACCAACGCGGUUAGCGAGAUUGCACCAUGCCCAAGAACAAGGGAAAGGGCGGUAAGAACCGUCGUCGUGGAAAGAACGAGAACGACAACGAGAAGCGUGAGCUCGUUUUCAAGGAGGAGGGCCAGGAGUACGCGCAGGUCGUGAAGAUGCUCGGUAACGGCCGCCUGGAGGCGUUGUGCUUCGACGGCGAGAAGCGCCUGGCACACAUCCGUGGCAAGCUCCGGAAGAAGGUCUGGAUCAACCAGGGUGAUAUCAUCCUUCUCUCGCUGCGUGACUACCAGGACGAGAAGGGCGACGUCAUCAUGAAGUACACCGCCGAUGAGGCCAGAAGUCUCAAGGCCUACGGCGAGUUGCCCGAACACGCCAAGAUCAACGAGACCGACACCUACGGCCACGAGGGCUUCGAGGACAACGUCGAGUUCGACGAGGACCGCGAGAGCGAGGAGGAGAAGGAGAUCGAUGUCGACGAGCUCUAAGCUCGCCUUCUUCCCUCUCGUUUCCGAUGCAUUCAUUACCCUCCCCUGCGCGAGGAGAGCUCCCCUGGGAUUUACUCUUGUCUCUCUUCCCCGCCACACGUCCUUCAUGCUUUUUCCUCUCGACACGUCAAAUGUCCUUUUUUUCCGGGAAGGAAAAUCCGCCUCAGUUCUCGGAUUCCUGUGGGAGCAAGAAUGUGCUUGCGCCGGAGGGUUCUGUGAAACGGUGGCGGCGGUUGGCCUGG